AAAUUAACUAAAAUAUAAAAAAGUAGUAGACACUAUAGGUAUAAAUUGUUGUUGCAAAAAAGGCUUUAAGACAAAUUGCUGAGCUAUGUUUAUUGAGCAUUCUAUUUUAUGCACUGAAAAGAUAAUUUUGAAAGAUCCGGCAGUAUUGUAUGUACAUUUGUUUAAGAACGUGGUAAAAAGGUGUAAUUCAUAUUUUCAGUAGUUUUAUUAGUAAAUUGGAAAUAAUAUACAAAGAUGAGGCUCAGCACAUAUAACUUUUUGACAUCUAAAGCCAUAAAAGGUGUAAAAGUUGGAUUUCCGCUAAAAUUAACUAUAGCUAAACAGGACGUUGUUGAAGCAGAAUUCAAUCCAACAUUUAUAGAGCGUUUACUGCCUAGACUUGACUGGAUAGGUAUUCGUUUGGCCGCUGAAGUGACUGGGCUGGCUGAAGACAUUCCUGCUGAACUACCAACAAAUAUCGCUGAAAACGAAGAGUUAUUGAAGAAACUGCAUCACUUGUUGUUGGAGAUUGAUGUGCUUGAAGGGCAGCUGGAAUGCCCUGAAACGGGUCGUGUUUUUCCAAUAACCGACGGCAUACCGAAUAUGUUGCUAAACGAGGACGAGGUUUAAGACAUGCUACUAAUUUUUACCCUGUACAUAUUUAGUUAUUUUUAAUACUUAUUGCUAAAUUAAAACAUCUAUGGUUUGUUAAUAAUUUUGAUUGAGACAAUGAACUAAAAUUAAUUGACACAAAUAGACUUAAUCGUAAAAUCAUAAAUAUUACUGUUUUAUAAUUGAUGUUAUUGAAAUGGAAGCAGCUUUAAGUGAAUGUGAUGAAGUAGGUAGAGUGAAGGUUGAAAUUCUUGCCAAAAUAUUCAGCACUACUCAUAUGGUAGCAAGUAAAAGAACAGCCGGUUGUACGUUACCGGAAUUUACACGGAUUAAAAAGAAGUAAAACAAUAAAACAGUUCAGCUCUUUAUUAAAAA